ACCACCACAACCUCUCCUCUUCUUCUCCCUCUCUCUUUCCUUACAACCUCACCACUAUCCAUGGCUUCCCCAACCCUAAUCACCCCCACCACCUCCACCCCUAAACCCCUACUACCCCCCAUCCGGUCCAAACUCAUCUCCGCCACCACUUCCACCGCCACGCUACCCACGCGCCGCGAAUUCCUCUCUCUGGCCGCCGGAGUCCUCUCCCCGGCGAUUCUCGUCGCCGUGCCGGCGGCACGGGCGGCUUCGGACGAGGAGUACGUGAAGGACACGACGGAGGUGAUCGGAAAGGUGAGAUCGACGAUGGCGAAGAACAAAGGGGACCCGGACAUAGCGGACGCGGUGGCUGAGCUAAGAGAGGCGUCGAAUUCUUGGGUGGCCAAGUACCGGCGGGAGAAGGCCCUCCUGGGGCGCGUGUCGUUCCGGGACAUGUACUCGGCGCUCAACGCCGUGUCCGGUCAUUAUAUCAGCUUCGGACCCACGGCGCCGAUUCCGGCGAAGAGGAAGCAGAGGAUCUUGGAAGAGAUGGACACUGCAGAGAAGGCAUUGCAACGAGGAAGAUAAAAAGAAGAAAACGAACGGCUACUAGCUUAAUUAGUGGCUUCAAUUCAUAGAGAUCGAUAUAUGUAUGUACUUUUUUGGUAUGAUAUUCUAUCAAGAAUUUCACUAUUUUAUUUUUGGCUAUUAUUAUUAUGUUUCUUUGGCUUUUCAUAGUGUGUAAAGAAUCAUGGAAACUAAAAUAACAGCCAUUAACGUUCAUAGCAA